AUGGAAGGAGUAAAAGACAAAAACGCCCUUUUAUAUUUUGUAAGUCUCCAAAACCCAAAAAAAAAAUACCUUCAUUGCCUCCACCAUUUCUCUGGUUUUGCAUCCCCUUCUUCUUGCUUCUCUGGUUUCGCAUACCUUGAAGAUACUCAAUAGUGUUGCAAAUUGCACCAGAGAUGCCUGCAUUUUCUGUGGCUAGUGGAUGUAGAGCACCCUCAACUUCGAUUUUCAAUAAAUCCAGAUUUCUUCGGCCUUUAAUCUCCCAAAGACCUAGCAUUCAAUCGGCUGCAACAAUUUCAGCUGACAUAGGAUUCUUCUCUCUGAAAUCAAGCGCAGCGAAUAUCAAAGUUAUGGCUGUUUCUGAAACAAUGGCUGCAUCACAAUUGAAGUCUUCUUCUACAGGUUCAGGCUCAGGGAUGAAGCGGGUGUUGAUUUCACUUUCUGAUAAGAGUGAUUUAGCUUUGCUCGGAAGCGGGUUACAGGACUUAGGAUUCACGAUUGUCUCAACCGGAGGAACGGCGUCUUCUCUAGAAAAUGCUGGCGUGUCUGUUACUAAGGUGGAGCAGCUAACUUGCUUUCCUGAAAUGCUUGAUGGUCGUGUAAAAACUUUGCAUCCUUACAUACAUGGUGGCAUCCUUGCUAGAAGAGACCUUAAGGAUCACAUGGAUGCUUUACAAGAACAUGGAAUUGGAACCUUUGACGUCGUUGUUGUAAAUUUGUACCCUUUUUAUGAUAAAGUAACGUCAGCUGGAGGAGUUCAUUUUGAUGAAGGAAUUGAGAAUAUUGACAUUGGUGGACCUGCUAUGAUCAGAGCUGCCGCAAAGAAUCACAAGGAUGUCUUGGUGGUGGUUGAUCCACAAGAUUACGCUUCGCUGUUAGAUUACCUUAAGGGAGAUAAGGAUGAUGAGAUGUUCCGUAGGAAGCUUGCCUGGAAGGCUUUUCAGCAUGUAGCUGCUUAUGAUUCUGCAGUUUCAGAGUGGCUGUGGAAGCAAACUGAAGGAGACAAAUUCCCGCCCAGCUUCACAGUACCAUUGUCUCUUAAAAGCUCUCUUCGGUAUGGGGAGAAUCCUCACCAAAAAGCUGCAUUUUAUGCUGACAAGAGUCUUGCCGAGGUUAAUUCUGGUGGUAUUGCUACUGCUGUUCAACACCAUGGAAAGGAAAUGUCGUAUAAUAACUAUUUGGAUGCUGAUGCAGCUUGGAAUUGUGUCUCUGAAUUCAAAGAUCCAACAUGUGUGGUGGUGAAGCAUACUAACCCUUGUGGAGUAGCUUCACGUGAUAACAUAAUUGAAGCAUACAGGCUAGCUGUCAAAGCAGAUCCAGUUAGUGCAUUUGGCGGCAUUGUAGCCUUCAAUGUUGAAGUUGAUGAGGCUCUUGCAAAGGAUAUUCGAGAGUUUAGAAGCCCUACAGAUGGUGAGACUAGGAUGUUUUAUGAAAUUGUGGUUGCGCCCAAGUAUUCAGAAAAAGGACUUGAGAUUCUGCGUGGAAAGUCGAAGACUUUGAGAAUCCUCGAGGCAAAGAAGAAUGACAAAGGAAAACUUUCUUUGCGACAAGUUGGAGGUGGUUGGUUAGCUCAGGAGUCCGAUGAUUUGACACCUGAGGAUAUUCAAUUUAAAACCGUCUCUGAAAAAAGUCCAACAGAAAAAGAGCUAGGCGAUGUUCAAUUUGCGUGGCUUUGUGUGAAGCAUGUGAAAAGCAAUGCUAUAGUGAUAGCAAAGAACAAAUGCAUGCUAGGCAUGGGGAGUGGGCAGCCAAAUCGUCUUGAAAGUUUAAGAAUUGCUAUGAGAAAAGCGGGAGAUGAGGUCAAAGGAGCAUCUUUGGCGAGUGAUGCUUUCUUCCCAUUUGCUUGGAAUGAUGCAGUAGAAGAAGCUUGUCAGAGUGGGGUAAGUGUCAUAGCAGAACCAGGUGGCAGCAUUAGAGAUAAAGAUGCUAUAGAUUGCUGUGAUAAAUAUGGCGUAUCACUAGUUUUAACUCAAGUGAGACACUUCCGACACUAACCAUGAUAUAGACAUUGUUUCAUUUAACACUUUUUUUUUUUUGGGUGCAAAUGAGCCACAAGGGUGGGAUGAGAAUCGAUCUCAGAAUCACCUGUGACCGGGAUGGAAGCUCUAACCAACUGAGCUAUCCAUCACUCUCAAUUGUUUCAUUUAACUUUGCUACAAUUAGUAUAUCAUUAUGAUUUAACUUGAAUGCAAUUAGUGGUAUUCUAAUUCUUUUUUAUUAUCAUUUCGAGUUGUAAUACUAUUUUUAUGUGAUUAUAUAGCAACUGUGGUAGUGUUUUCGUCCUA